AUGCCGGAUAACGACCCUACUGGCGACGAUGGCGACACUCAUCGCACUCCCGACGCGUCGCAGCCGCAGCCGAGCGACGAAGUCGCAGGCGACGGAAACCCCGGCGACGAAAAUUCUGGCGAAGACGACGACGACACUCCCGAGGGCCGCGCGACGCAGCUGAACAUGUACCUGUCGGACGACGGCGAAGUGCUGGACCUCACUGGUAACCAGCUCAAGGACCUCGCCGGCAUUCCCCUCCCACCGACUCUCACCGAUCUGGACCUCACCACCAACCGCCUCGCCGCGCUGGACCCGCGGAUCGGCGACCUGGAGCGGUUGGAGAAGCUGUCCGGGGAGCCAGAGCCCUCGCAUUUCCCCCUCUCCCCAUCUUUCCUCUCUCCCCCCUCGCCGCUCUCUCCCCUCUCCUUCCUCUCCCUCCUCUCCUCCUCCCUCUCCUCCUUCUCACUCCCCCCGCGCCACUCCCCCCGCGCCACGCCCUCCAUCGCUCCCACCCCGCAGCAGCUCGUGCAGCGCCACGUCACGCAGUGCUCGUCCUGCGAGGCGGCCUCUUUAAAUAAGAUCGCUUUGCCCUCCCCUCCCCUUCUUCCCUCCCUCUCCUCCCCACAACCCCAGGAGCUCGUACUGAGGGACAACCUCUUGAAGAAGGUGCCGCUCGUCUCCCCCCUCACCGCCCUCUCACUCCUCGACCUCUCCUACAAUCACAUUCACGCCAUGGCGCCCCUGGCGGCCUCCGCCCUCCCCGCUCUGCGCGAGCUGUAUCUGGCCAACAACCGCAUCGGGCACAUGGAGGCGCUGGAGGGCUUCACUCAGCUGCGCCUGCUGGAGCUGGGGUCCAACAAGAUCCGGGUGAGACAGGGGGUGGGCAGGGUCAUGGUGCAGUGCGGUGCAGCACGGUAA